AUGCUACAAAGUAAUAUAAUGGAAUCUAUCGAAGAUAAUACAAUAGAUUCAAAGACAAAGAAAAAGAAUCACCGUGGAACUCGAAGACAGCAACGAUAUCGAGCUAAACAGAAGUUAUGGCAACUAUGUGAAAUUGCUAGUGCACAAGCUGCUCAUGCUAUGGAAAUAGAAGAAAACUUGGAGAAUAGGUUAAACAUGACUUUAUCAUUAGAUAAUCAAGAUCAUGUUGAAAUGAGAGAAGAGGUGAACAAACAAGAACGAGAGCUAGUGGUGGUAACGCCGAUAACAGAAAUACCACAUCAAAUAAUUGAAUCAUUUAGUCAGUUAUCAAUAAUUCCACAUGUCACAAGUGCUGUAAAACAGCAACGAAGAACAUCCAAAUAUGAUCGUUCUUCAAAACAACGUUCGAGACCUAAGCGAAAAAAGAAAUUAUCAUCAUCAUCAUCAUCAUCAUCAUUACCAGACUAUUUGAAUGUUCCUCAUCGAAUAUUCAAGAAAAUGUUUAUUUCGGCAUCAGAAAAUCUAUAUGCUCCUCUCUCUUAUGAUAUGAUUAACCAGUGGUUAGAUAAUAAUUCAAAUAUGCGACAUAUUCGUAAAUAUGCUCAUCUAUUAGAUAAAUCGUUGUAUUUACAAUUACAACAAUCAUUAUGGACAGAAUACUUUAAUAUUGGCAGUUUACCAGAUGGUAUUUGGGCAUCGGAAAUACAAGAUAAAAUCAAUCAUCAGAUGACAAAUAAAUCUGUUACGAUAGAUCCAUUGUCUUUUGUUACUCAAUAUCGAGCACAUAUUGAAGAACAAUUACAUGCAACAGAAAAUGAAUUAAAUAAACAUAGAAAUCUAGUUAAGUAUGUCAUUGGACAAAAGUCACAAGUUCAACCAAUUGAUCUAUCAGGGAUGUUAAAAGCAUUUAUUCGACGAGGUCAACAUAAAUUAAAUGCUGAAUUUGAAUGUAAAAAACGAUUACUUCAUUUCGAUUAUCAAGGUCAUCUAUUAACAAAAGCAUUUUUUGAUUUAAAACCUACGAAAAAACAAAUUAGAUCGGCAAAGAAGAUUUGGUCUCUUACAUUGAAACAGCAGAUAGCUGAAGAAAAAAUAACGAUAAUUAAACAUCGUAUAUUUGCUAAAAUAAUACCAAAGACAUUAGAUUCAAUAGAUCGAUCAUUAGAUGAUAUCAAUAGAAGUUUACGAGAAAAAAUCAUUGAUAAUGAUAUACGAGCGGCAUUAGUUAGUCGUCGUGAUAAAAUUAUCGGACAAUUAAAAUUAGAUAUCAUGACAAUUGACAUUUCAACAACUGAAGCUAUAGCACGUGGUCAUGCCCGAUUAGUUAAAGAAGAAAAAGAAAUGCUGCUGCUGCUAAUAUCAAUUCGACAUUCAGAUGAUGCAGAUGAAACAACAAGACAUAAUAUUAUUAAUGCUAUACAGGCUCGUGAAGAAAAUAUUAUUAAACGAGCACAAUAUGUAACAGGAUGUAAAGUGUCUUUUUUCGACGAAACUCCGGCGGUGCUUAUGAAUUAA